AUGAAGUUUUCAUUCGCCAUCAUCGCAGCUGUGCUUUGCGUUUCCCAAUCCAUCGCCCUUCCUACAGGAUACGAAGGGCAGCUAUACAAGCGUACCAAACCCAAGGUCGUAACCACGACUGUUACCGAAGGUUGUGGUUGCCCCCCCACGUCAAUUCCCGUCCUUAAUACGAUUCCGCCUGCGACGAGCUCUGUCCCUCCUCCCGCUACGAGCACUGUCCCACCCCCUGUCACCUCUUACGUCCCACCCCCAGCUAGCACCCACGUCCCCCCUCCUCCCCCGCCCGCAACGACCCACCCUUCUAAAUCGGUGUUCCUCCUCCGAGGGUUCAAGAGCCAUGGCAUGGAUCACUUCUACACCACCAAUGUCGAGGAGAUGAACAACGCUGUUUCGAAACUGAGCUUCAAGAAGGAGUCCCAUGCCGCGAAGGUGUAUACCCACCCAGAAGUGAACACCAUACCCCUUCACCGUGUGUUCAAUGGGCACGCCAACGACCAUUUCUACACUACGUCUUCAUAUGAGCGCGACAAUGCCAUCCACAAGCUAGGCUACAAGGACGAGGGUGUUGCAGCCCACAUCUUCGCAACUCAGAUCUGCGGUAGCGUCCCUCUUCACAGAUUGUACAAUGAACAUGGAAAGAACCACUUCUACACCAUCUCCGAGUCGGAGGCUGCGACCGCUGCUCACAAUGGGUACACGAGAGAAGGUGUUGCCGGAUUCGUUCUCCCUCCCCACUAA